CGAUAUUUUAUAUCAACAUGACUGAGAAGUCUAAUAGUCGCAUAUUCCGCGGGAACCGAGUGUUAGGUUAUGUUAGUACACAUGUUCCUUUUGUAGCCAGAUUUAUCAAAAGGAGAGGUGAAAAUUUACUUUGUACAAGCGUAGGAAAGUGGUUUCAUACCUAUGGAUGCGUUAAAUUCCGUUUACUGAGCGUUAGCGGUGAACAUCCAGGACCUAUAACAUGCAUGAGUGGUGAUAACUAUCAUGUGUAUACAGCUAGUGAAAACAACAUUUAUGCUUGGAGAAGAGGUUGUGAGCUUAAACACAUUUAUAAAGGUCACGAUGCACCAGUGCAUUUAUUGUUACCGUUUGGUGUUCACAUUAUUUCAAUUGAUGAAGACAACAUACUGAGAGUAUUUGAUAUAAAGGACGAAUCACAGUUCUUGGAGCUAGAAUUCGAUGAAGAACAUUUCAAAAUUUCAACACUUUGUCACCCUCCUACAUAUUUGAACAAAAUCUUGAUAGGAAGUCAACAGGGACAGCUUCAGUUAUGGAAUCUGAGGACAUCGAAACUUGUAUACACUUUCCAAGGAUGGAACUCGGCUGUGACAGUGGCGGAGCCAGCCCCAGCUGUCGAUGUAGUUGCAAUAGCUCUUGGGAAUGGGAAAAUCAUUCUACACAACUUGCGAUAUGAUCAGAGUGUAAUGGAUUUCACUCAUGAUUGGGGAAUGGUUAGCUGUAUCUCAUUUCGCUUAGAUGGAGUACCUGUAAUGUUGACAGGCAGCACAGAAGGCCACAUUGUGAUGUGGGACCUUGAAGAGAAGCGGGUGAUGUCUCAGGUGGAGUCUGCACAUUCUUUGAGGAUUGCUGGCAUGCAAUGUUUAAUGUCAGAACCUUUGAUGGUUACAAAUUCAGAAGACAAUUCAUUGAAGAUGUGGAUAUUUGACUUACCUGAUGGUGGUGCUAGAUUGCUAAAGAAAAGAGAAGGACAUGCUAUGCCUCCAAACCUAGUAUCCUAUUGCGAGCCAACUGGGGAGAAUCUUCUGGCUGCUGGUAGUGACAGCAGUCUCCAUAUUAUGAAUACUAUUACAGAAACUUUUAACAAAAGUAUGGGCAAGGCCUCACGUAAUAGGAAAGCAUCUAAAAGGAAGAAUCGUUUAAAAAACGAUUUCUUGAUUCUCCCAUCGAUCACGAAACUAAGUUCAUGUAUGCAAAGAGACAAGCAAUGGGAUAGUAUUGCCACGCUGCAUGAAGGAAUGUACUUGGUUACUACAUGGUCAUACAAUAAGAUAUGUAUGGGACAGCAUAAAUUGAAACCACCAGAGUUUGAGAAGGGAGUAGUGGCAACAUGUUUGACUGUUACUCAUUGUGGAAAUUUUGUUAUUACUGGCUACUCCAAUGGGCAAGUGCAUAAAUUUAAUAUGCAGUCAGGCAUCCACAGAGGGCACUAUGGCAAGGAAAAAAGAUUGGCGCAUACUGGUGCAGUUAGAGGCGUGGAAACAGAUCUUUGCAACCAAAGGGUGAUUACUGCUGGCUCUGAUGAUAAACUCAAGUUCUGGCAUUUUAAAAGUGCAACAACAACACCUUACCAUGUCCUGCGUUUAGAAGAAUCAGUGACAAGUACAAAGCUACAUCGCGACAGUGGACUCUUGGCUAUUGCAAAUGAGGACUUCUCUAUAAUUCUUAUUGACAUUGAUACUAUGAACAUUGUUAGGAAGUUUGAAGGACAUUGUGGGAAGAUCAACGCUAUUGACUUUGAUUGUCAGAGCAGGUGGCUAAUUAGUUCAUCAAUGGACUGCACAGUUUGUACCUGGGACAUACCAAGCGGGCAACUUGUCGAUGUAUUUUCCGUGGAGCGGCCCUGUACAUCCCUAAGCAUGUCUCCAACAGGUGAUUAUUUGGCGACUACACACGUUGGCGAGCUGGGAGUCUUUCUUUGGGCCAACAAGUUGCUAUAUGAGAAAGUCUUCCUUAAACCUAUUGAUAGACAAGCAGUUGACAUUCCCCGGUUAAAGCUACCAAACACAGCCCCAGAGAAACCGGAUAUCGAAGAUAUUGGUGUCAUAGAUUUAGGAGAGGAGGUUGAAUAUAAAUCACCGGAGCAGAUCAGUAAAGAGCUCAUCACGCUAUCAGACCAGUCUACAUCCCGAUGGUUGAAUCUUCUUCACCUAGACAUUGUGAAGAAACGAAACAAACCUAAGACACCCUUUACUGUGCCAAAAUCAGCGCCUUUCUUCCUCCCCACAAUACCUAGCUUAGAAUUAGAGUUUGACCUCGAGAAAGAAAAAGAAGCCGGAGAAACUAAGCUGUUAAUACCCCAAAUUCUAACCACGUUAACCCCUUUUGGAAAAAAACUAAUAGCUUGUGAUGAUGACGAUAGCUAUAUCGAAUGUUUAGAGAAGUUAAAAACAUUAUCUCCAGCUGCCAUAGAAGCUGAAGUAACUAGCAUGGACCCUGAAACAGGCGGGUCCAUACAGGUGAUGAAGCAAUUCCUUAUUAUGUUAGGCGUUAUGCUGAAAACCAAUAGGGAUUUCGAAUUAGCGCAAUCGUAUUUGAGUUUAUUCUUAAAAACGCAUACGAAAACGACAUCUCAAAAUGAAGAGCUUAGGGUAAUUCUAGAAUCGGUGGAGGAAACCGCAACGCAAGCGUGGUCCAAGUUACAGAAUUAUUUAUUGUAUAAUAUUUGUGUUGUUAAGGCGUUGAAAGAUAUGUAA